AUGGACAUUUCGUACGACUUGUCCGAUAUGUUCAACGAUGAAUCCAUCACAAAGGUGAUAAAUGAGCUGGAUGACUUUGGAAUAUUCGGUCAAAAGUUUGAUUCCAGAAAUUUGGUCCCAAAGACGCCCCAAAGGACCAAUCACGCCCUCAAAUUUGGCAGCGGCACUCGAAACGACCUUUCAGAGCAGUCAUCAUUCUUGCUAUAUGACGAAUUCAGCGCCCAGAAGAGGAGGAAUUGGAUAGAAUUCGAGAGAAGGUUCGACGCCUCCGUCUCAAGCUCAUUUAGACCAGUGCAAAAGUACAUCUUUGACACAAUCGUAAUGAUAAAUGGCAAAAGGAUGUGUUUUAUAAAUAAGAGAAGAAAGUAUCUCGAAAAACUCAUUGAGGAGAUUAUUAGCGGCUAUAAAGAGAUGUGGAAGGAGGUUUACUUACCAUUUGGCGAUGAUCCAAAUAACUUUAAAAGGGCAAGCUGUAGCAAUUCAUUCAAUAACGAAAUACUGGAAAAUUUCAAAGUAAUCGCAAACAGAAUUGGUUGUAAAGGUCUAACAACCAUAGAGUCACGCAAGAAUGAUACACAUAUAUUUGAUAUCAACGAUAAAGAUACCACGAAUGUGGACACAAAAAAUUACAAGGGAGAAUUUAUUGAACUGAUGAGUAAGAUUGGAGUGGCACAAUUUCAUCAUCUCCUUGACUAUUUGUUCAUAGUCAUGGAAAAAAGUAAAUACGAAUAUAAAACAUGUUAUGCUAUUGACUUGAUAACUGAAAUGAUAAAGAUUAUGCCAGAGCUGUGCAUACUGCUCAUUAUUCCAAAGAAUAAGGACUCUAAAAUACUAUUUGAAAGAAAGUGCUAUUUCAGAACUUUGUGUAAUAUACUAAAGAAAAAUUUGUCCAAAAUGAACGUUGAAACCAAAGAAACAUUGCCUCGCCUUUAUAUGAAUGCUCUAAAAGGCACAUAUAGGCCGUUUUACAUGCAUUUAUCUGGAAACGAAAAAAAGGAUUAUACAAAGGCUAUAUCUACGGCUUAUUUGUUAAAUCGCCUAUUGGUACUGGUAAAAAGUAUCAUGGAUAUUUGCAUCCACUAUAUAUUCGUUUCAGAUUUGAGUGAUUCCACCGUGAAGAAACUGAAGAAAAGAAUUAGAAAAUAUAUAUUUAUACCACUUUUUGGGAUUAGACAAUUACAUGAACUUCUCAUGCCAUUGGUUGGAGAAUGCAAAAUCGGAUCAGAAAAGGUUAAUUUGGAUUACUUGAACCUGAUUAAAAUGUAUCUUUAUCCCCCUCCCCCAUUGUACCUGCUUAGGAUAAAGUUUCUGGAAAUAAUAAAAACCUCUGCAGGCUUGGGUAUAUGUUACAAGAGUGGUUAUACUAUUAUUAAUGACUCGUUGAUGAGGGGUGAAGCUGCAAUCUCUGGGGAGGGACAAAGGGUAAGAGACGUUCUGAAGAAAUACAUUCACUUGUUUAUUUUUGGGGCAGCAUUCUUUUUGCUUGCAGAUUUUAUGAAAAAGAGUGUGGACGCUACAAGUACCUUUUUUGGUCUAUACUUUAUACAAACUCCUCACUUUAAGAUAAAUUCAUGUUUCAUUGAUGAACCUGCAGUCGUUGAAGAAAAUGUCUACAAAAUACAAACACUUGUAAUUCAUAUUAUUGAUAAAAUGUCAAACUACAAAAUGCUAGCUGAUAGUAAUAUGCUUGGAUCAAAGUCACUUGAACUUAUACAGGACAGCAUAAUAAAGAGACUGCUCGUUUUAUGUUGGCAUUACAAAACAAGUUCACAUUUGGAUGAGAGAAUUGAUAAAUGUAUAAAAAUGGAUGAUUUUAGGAAAAGGAUAUAUAAUAAACGAUCAAAUACUCAAAAGUCAUGCUACGGAUCGUGUAAAGCUAUUGUACCAUACAACAUAAACACCCUGAUAAGGUAUCUUAAUCUAGUAAGACCAGGAAAAAUUUCCCUGAUCACUCACAACAAAAACAUAAAUACUAUACAAUUAAAGAUGCUUGUAGCUGACGAACUGGAGCAGGUUGUUAAAAAUACACAAUGCUCUAUUGACUAUAGUAGCGGUGCUACCAUACAAACGAUACACUACUCUGUAGAUCAACAUUCUCCAUUGGAAAUCAAAAACCAAGGUAUACAAGAUAAAUGUCAACUAGAAUGUUUACUAUACUCUCAUAUGGUUGCAAAUCCAGCAUCAGGAAAAUACAUGAAAACUCUGCGAGACUUGACAUCCAUGGCAGCGCUAGAGCUCCUAGUACUAAACGUUUGUGCCAAAAGGAGGGCGCCAUUUGAUGACUUAACACCGUUAUGGUCUAGUCUAGCACAUAUUUUAACACAUUUUAAUUAUUGA